AGGUUUGUCUGGAAUUAUUUCCGGCUUGAAAACGAACAUGUGAACAACUGCGGUCAGUUCCGAGCUGUGCGGGACAUCUCGGUGAAGCCAAUCCGAAAAGGCGAUUUGGAAUCUCUAUUGUCAAAAAUGGACCAAAGUGAUGGAGUGACGCAUCGAGGGCAAGAUUUAAUGGAGCGGGUGAAAAAGCAAAAGAAAGCCCAGAAGACAACACGGACUCUGUUACGGAAGGCACGACUUAACCGAUUCAUCGCACCGGUCACAUCGGGUGCAGCUCUUGUUGAAACUCAGCAAUAG